GUCAAGUGCGAGUAUUUACACUGCAAUCAUUAAUUUCUUACUCAGUUUGUUUGAAAUCGUUGAGAAUGGCGCAUCGUUUAAUAUUUUUGUCCAUUUUGUGUGGACAACUUUUGUAUACAGUGAAUUGUUCGUCACCCAUCCAAAGUAGCCCCAAUGUAGCGCCAUUUCUCACCUAUCUUUGUGAUGAUGAUUUAUUGAAAAGUGCCGUCAACAAGGUGGAGCAACUGAGCCUCAAGUUAGAAAAUUAUAAUCUACGCAUGCAAAGCGAAUUAAUGGCAAUGAAGGAGCAACUUCUACGAGAUUUAAAAACGAAUCUGGAGUUAUUUGAUUCUAAAACUACAGCUAAGUGUAAUGAAGAAGCAGCUUCUCCUGUAGCCAAAAAGCACUCAUCCUGUACUGAAGCGAUGCGUCAAGAGAAUGGCAAAUAUGCCACGAGCGGUGUUUAUGAAAUUCACUUGCCACAAUUCCUACAACAACCAUUUUAUGUGUAUUGCCUUCGUGAUCCGAAUGACGGCGAACCGUGGACUAUAAUUCAACGUCGACUGAGCAACGACACUGACUUCUAUCGUGGAUGGCGCGCGUUUGAACAUGGUUUCGGUGAUUUGAAUGGAAAUUUCUUUCUCGGCUUGGAUAAAAUACAUGCGCUGACACAUUCGCAAACACAUGAGCUUUGGUUUCAAUUAGAGGAUUUCCUAAAUGAGAAACGUGUUGCUAAGUACGAGAGCUUCGAAAUUGGUAAUGCUCAGGAUAAAUAUGAGUUGAGUGUUCUGGGACAAUAUUCAGGCACAGCAGGUGAUUCGUUCUCAGCGCACCGUGGUGAAAAAUUCACCACUAAAGAUAGUCAUAAUGACAAAAAUACUGAGAACUGUGCGGUACAAUAUACGGGAGCUUGGUGGCACAAGAAAUGUCAUGCAAGCAAUCUGAACGGUCUCUAUUUAGGAGGAGAGUUUCCGAAAGAUCAAUUUGCCAAAGGUGUGGUGUGGGAAGCUUGGCGUGGAUACUAUUACUCACUCAAAUAUGUACAUAUGGCGAUUAGACCAAAAUAUGAUUAUUGAAUUACUUGUCUGACCUAAAUAUUGAAUAUAAUUUAUUUUGAUUCCUUAGCGCUUUAAUUUAAUGUAUAAAUUUGUGUAGAGAUAAGUGUGAUAUUAACUAAAACAAAGGGAUGAAAUAUAGUAUAAUACAAUAACAUGGAAAAGUCAAACAUUGUGGUGUAUAUAAUUAUAUCGGAGAUAGAUUGUGGAUAGAAUCUAUGACUUGUUCAACUAGCAGGCAGACGUGACCUAAUUGGAAUAAAGGCCGUACGAACCGGCUACUGAAAUUUAAAAGAAAGGACAUAAGAACUCUAGUGGGAGUGCUAACUGGUCAUUGUCUUAUUGGAAGCCGACCGACUGGGGUUACCAAACAAUGACUACUGUAGAAGCUGCCAAGAAAUAGAAGAAGAAGAUAGUGUUGUGCAUCUUCUAUGUGAAUGCAAAGCAUUGUACAGGAACUUCAUAAAAGCCACAGAGUGGUUCAAAGAGGACAUUGUAGUGUAAGGGGCUUUAGUCACGGUGGAUUCACAAUGGGCCUCCUAAAGGCCUAGGUGCGUCAUUUGACAACCACUUUACCUACCUAACCAUUGGCCACAGACAUACGGUAUGGAUUAAAAUGUUCGUAAAGUCCACUGGAAAACAAAACUAUGUACAAUAGGCUGCAAGCUUAUAAAAAAUUUGACCGAAUUACAUUUUCCCGGUGAACGAUAACUCAGUUUAAAAAGCAAACGUCUGAAUUGAAGAUUAUAAGUGCUGCUUAGAUGUGCUUAGUGUUGAGAUAAUUUGAAUAUUAAUAUGACAUUUUAGUGAGCUCUUUGAGUUAAGCUCAGCUCGGAUGUAUGUGUGAGUAAUUUAUUUGCUGGGCUUUACUCUCAACCCGGCACAUCUCAGCCUUCUUCGGAUUUUAGUUGUAUCUCUAACGUUCAGUCAAAUUUCAGCUUCAAGAAAUGGCGCUUCGUUUUAUACAUUUGUGCAUAAUUUUCGGACAGAUUUUGUACGCAAUGGAUUGUCAGAUUGAAUUCAGAGUCAAUUCUCAAGCUUUGCCAUUUCUCACCUAUCUUUGUGAUGAUGAUUUAUUGAAAAGCGCGGUCAACAAGGUGGAGCACUUGAGCCUCAAGUUAGAAAAU